UAACUUUCCCGCUCUUGCACUUAAUCUCUUUAUCUCUUUUAGGAAAUCCUCUUCAUAGAUUUCCAAUUUCGUUAGGGUUUUGUUUGUCGAGCGAGAUCUCCGAUCAGAAUCUACGAAUGUUAACCUUACGAUAGCGCACACCACAUGUUCCCUAGAUUGGAAGCUGCUAAUUCUGAACAUGGUAUUCAACAUAAUUCACUCCGCCGUCUAUCGGAGACUCGUGUCUCUGCUGCAGCCGUUGCUGGAAGAGGAGCCGGAGCUUGAAUUGAACCUAGGGUUUAUUAAUUCUUAUGCGACUGCCAGGAAUCUGAGGUUCAACACUUCAGCUCUCAACGGCCUCUUCGAGGAGCCUGCUCGAUUCUCCCUGGUAGAACUCACUGUCGAGGAAUUUACCGUUCACUUCUCUAACUGGUCUUUCCCUGCCUUUUCAAUUGAUGUCGUCGGCGUUAAUGUCACGAUAGAAGCUGUGGAGUCAUCGAAGGAGGAGAGAAGGGAAAGGAACUCAAGUGAUGCUGCGGAUUUGAUGAAGAAGACUCUCAGCGAGAUUGAUCCCGAGGGUGGGUUGCUGCAUGACAUUCUUGAAAGGAUCUUGGCUACUGGCACUACAAAAAAUUGGUUCAAAACCUCUUUUUGGACUCUUAUUCUUAACCAUUGCUAUUUACAGAUGCUGAAUAUUACUAUUAAAAUGCGGUUCCCCAUAGAUGAAUCGUCUGCGUGUUUCUGGGAUAUUAAGGAGCUUAAAGCAAAGUCCCAGGAUUUUGCGAAUGGAUGUCUUUUUGGAGGUCUUGCUGCUUCCCUUUUCCUGCCUUUGAAAGAGAGUUUGUUCGUUAUAGACUGUACUGGUUUUGAAUUUGGCUAUGCAAAGAAAAAUUACAUGAAACAUGUGCUGGCUUCAAGGGAUCUGUUCACUUGCAUUAAGUUGAAUGAUCUUCAACCUGGAAAUUAUGGUCUUCACGUGCCAGAGUUGGACUUGUCUUUUUCUCCAGAGGAUCUUUCUGUUUUGACGUCAUUUGUUAAACUAACAUCCAAAGAAGUCAAGUUUGCUAGAAGUGGGAGACAGCUAUGGAAGCUAGCUGCAAACAGAAUGGGCUGUGUUACCAGAUUGACGUUGCAUAAAUUAGUUGGUAUGAUUUGUCUAUGGUUACGCUAUGUUCAUGCUUACCAGGAUUUACUAUCACUUGUUGGUUAUUCUUCGGUACCCUUGUUACAAAAAUCGACUGUUAAGAUGUCACGUGACAGAAAGAAUUUCAGUGCUGCCAAACAUAAAUGGGAUGUGUUUUCUAAUAUUGAGAAAGAGCUGCCUGCUGAAUCUAUUGCACAGGCACGGCGAGUAGCAAGACAUAGAGCUGUGACGAAUAUUCAAAAUAACGAGGACAACUAUGAGGAAUUCAUUUCCAAGAGCUACUUCGAAGUUAUCUGCACAAUCCUUCUGCCACUAGUAUAUAUGUGGAAAGUUAUUUGCCUAGUAUUCCGCUCAAUUUUGCGCUGUAUACUUUCAAAAAUAUAUUCUGCUCAAGAGCCGAAAUUUGGUAAAUUAUUUGGAGUCUUUUCCGAGUCAUGUCAACAACAUUGCUUUUUGAACCUCGGUAGAUUUUCAAUCACCCUAUCCCCUCCAAACACAGGUCAGAAUGCCAAUGAAGAAGUGAGGUCACAUACUCAGAUCUCAGAUUCCAGUUUCUUUUCGUUCCGCCUUUCAAUUGAUCCAAUAAUGUUAACAUAUGUUGAAGAAAAUUUCGAACAGUCCCUAUCUAUUUCCUUUGGGCAAAUGAAUGUUAGUUCUUCUUCUGUUACGGAAGCUUUUAACUUGGAGAGCGGUUCCAAGAAGAGACAACAGAAAAGGAGAGGCAACAAUUUUAAAACCAUUUUAUGGGGUGAGCCUGCAGAAAGGUUUCCUUCACAAACUAGUGAAGGUAAUGGCGCUGGUCAUUCUGAAGGUACUCAUGUCCCCUUUCUUAAAGAUAAUCUGGAAGAUAUGUGGCUGAGAUGGGAAAGAGCUUGCUUAAAAUUAAAAAAUAGUGGCAUGGAGUAUUCUGUUCUUCCAUUCUUUCUCUGUGAGGUUAAAAACUCUUUGACCCAUCCCGAAUUUGACAAUACAGAUUCUGGCUUUUGCAAAUGCAUUUUGACUCUGGGGAAAUUAAAUUUAGCUUUGGAACGUUCAUCAAUACUAUCAAUUGCUCUUCUUGCUGGGCAGAUACAGCAUUCUCUAGAUUGGACUAAGUGUUAUGGUAGGGCAAGUGUUCUUUCACAUCCUCCUCAAUCCCCUGAGGAUCAGAAAGGAAUCGGUUGGGAUAUGCAACACGACCUAUAUGCCAAUCAAAUGAAGAUGGCUUUUCUUAGAAUGCUUCCUGAGAAACAUAUUCAAUUUUGCAUGUUCGUGGUUGGUCCCUGCAUCCAAAUGUCAAUGGGAAAGGCUAGGUUUAGUGGUGGGAAUGAAGACGAGAAUAAUGUAAUCCAUCAGAGUGAUUUUCACCUUGUAUUUGAUGUCCACAAUGUCGAAGUUGUUAUUCAACCCACUUCAAAAUCUGGUUUUAAAUCGUCUAUUGGGUCCAGGGAAUAUUAUGAUGCUGGAUCAGAUUGUUUCAGGUUGCAAGAACCAGAGAUAAUUCAUAUUCCUAAAUCAGACAAUGAAAAAUACUCAUCUCAGGGGUGGAUUUCACUUUUGUUUUACCUAAGAACCAAUGGUUUAGAUGCUUACAGUGGGGUUUCAGCUGAUAGAAGACAGAGCCAUUUUUUUGAAAUGAAGCCAUUAAGCAUCCAGUUGUCAUCCUUCAGGGAGUAUGCACAUUCGUUUUGCUCAACUGUUAUUGCUUAUUCAGCUGCUUUGUUUGGAACGGCUAUGGGAUUCACUUUUAUAUCAUAUAUGGAUGAGUUGUAUGGUUCCCUUCAGGUGGUUGCGGGUUUAUUUUCUGAUACUUUUGAUGCUCUUCAUAAGUUUGAUUCAACUGGUUAUGUACCCUCUGAAGAGUUAACAAGACCAAGUAUGUUCACAGAACCUGCCAAGGACGAGAGGAGCGCCAUAAAAGAACCCUUGAUCAGUCAUAGCACACUUUUUUCUAUCAAUGGCAGCUUGAAGCUCAAGUCAGCAGAUGUAAUUCUUCAUAAGUCAAAAAUAAGCAUAAAGGUGGAACGUACGGAAGAUUAUGAUGCAUUGACUGGGAAAAACUUGGUGGCUGGGGAUGAUUGGCCUAGCUGUGGAAUGUGGGUUUCUGUGGAACAAACAUGUGCUGAGUUAUCUAUAGGAGAAGGGAAAAUGGAAAUUCUGCUUCAUUCUUCGGGAAUUCAGUCUGUAAUUUUUAGAGAUGAGGACCAUAUGGGAAAGAGUUUUGAUCACUCCGUGAUAAAAGUUUUGCUGCGGCAGUCCCAUAAUUGCUUGUAUGAAAUAUCUCUUUCUUGUUGCACCAUUACUGUGUCUGCAUGUUUGGUUUCCCCUCCUAAUGUCUCAUCAUCUGGGAGUUUGAGCAACAUACUUGGUAUUUCAACUUCUCAGGGUAGUACAUCAGAUGUGGUGGAGAAUUUCCCUUUGAUAACUCAAUCUGAAAAUUCGCCAGCUCUGUUGUCUAGCUUUGUUCAUCAGAUAGGAUUUGCCUCCAAUACCUCGUCACUAGCUACAGAUUACUGGAUGCUUGUUAAUGUUACAUUGGGUGAAGUUUUCGCGGCAAGCUGCUUGCUAAAAAAUGUUCUGCUUGGAGCACAUCAAACUAAUAAGCUUCUGUCAUCACUUUCUGUUAGGCGGAAUUUUCAGUCAAUCUCAUGGCAAAUCAAGGGUGGUUUUCUUUUCCUUGAAGUCACAGCUUUGGCAAUAUUCCGUCAAUUUUUGACCGCCUAUCUUCUCCGAAUAACAGAUCUUUUAUCUGCAGUAAGAUCAGCUGCUAAACACACUCAAAAAACUGGUGGUCAGGGCCAAGAGGCAUUAAAUAAAACUGGCCAAGCCACUUGGGAACUCCUUGAAAAUUUAAAUGUGGAUGUAUCUCAAUUUUCCUUUGUGCUACUUGGACAAGGAGAAUCUGGUGGUGUUGUUGAACUUGUGGCUGAGGUAGAUGGUCACAUUAAUCUAGAAUCAACUGAAGUGGGCAGGAAAUUUAUAUUUGACCUUUCUCGCUUGUCAAUAUGUUCUCAAGCCCUCCCAGAAGAAGUGGGAGUUGAGAUUCAAAUGCCACAAUUUUCUUCUGUUGCAUCCAAUGAAUUGUCACCUCAUUCUGCAUCUGGAGUUAAAGAUAGGAGUGAAGUAGUUAAUGAUGGAAGUUCCACAGGUCAUGAAGAAAAAUAUCCUCUGAAAAACUGUACUUCUGAGGUCUCUCACUCAAGUGAUCGGAAUCAUCUCUUGAAACAUUUGGGUGCAUCCAUAGUCGUUGAGCAACCCAAGAGUGAUCAUCUGGUCAUAAAUCAGGUUUGGGUUGGCAGUGGUUCUGUCUCAGGUUUUGACACGAUUCUUUCUCUGUCUGAAAUACGGAUGUUUUUGUCCAUCGUUUCCUUUUUCGCCAAGGCUUCUGGCAAAGAUAAUACCAGUCAAGUGAAAAAACGACAGUUGCCUAGUAACGAAAGAAUUGACAGUUCAAAAGAUGUAGUUCCUAAUGGAGCACUUGUUGUGAUUCAAGAUGUGCACCAACACAUGUACUUUACAGUUGAAGGUGAAGCAAAUAACUAUAGUCUGGUUGGUUCUGUUCACUAUUCUCUUGCGGGGGAAAAGGCUCUUUUCAGGGUCAAGCAUCACACUCAAAGGAUAUGGAAGUCCUCAGUUUUGUGGUUCUCCUUGUCGUCAUUGUAUGCUAAGAGUGCUUCUGGUGAGCCACUGCGAUUGAACUGUCAUCCAGGAUCAGGCUUUCUUUACAUUUCUGGCACUGAUGACAGUGGCCGGUCACUUUGGAGGAUUCUUUCCUGUGAGACUGAAGGUUACAAGGGUGAUAUCAACUGGGAGCCAUACAACCAAUGGAUUAAAGACACUUUCUACCUCGUUAACAAGAAGAAUGAUUGUGCCGUUGCUUUUGUAGAUGGGAUUCCGGAGUUUGUUAAGAAGCCUGGGCACCCUUUCAAGUUUAAAGUGUUUAAUGACCUUACUCAGUUUCAUGAUCUUGUAAUGCCAUGUAGGCAUUCUGCUAGGGCUUCUCGAACAGGCAUGCAUUUCAGUGGUGAGAAUGAAGACAGGAACUCUGGACAGAUGGGAACUCUCCUUUGUGUUGAGAUUUCCAUUGACAAUGUUGCUCUAACUAUUGUUGAUGAGUUUUCAGAUACAAGGGAGAGGUUUCCUCUCCUUCGUGGUUCCAUCAGUGAUAUACAACUUCAUGUUCAAAUCCUCUCUACUAAAACCAGGAUUGUAAGCACAUCAAGGGUUUUGCUCAAUUAUUUUGAUUCCCAGAUAAACAUGUGGAGAGAACUUGUUCACCCAGUUGAAUUCUGUUUAUUCUACCGUUAUAGAUUCCAAGUUCAUGGUUCACAAGUUGAUUUGCGUGGAGUACCAUUACACUUUUAUUGCAGGAGUAAAGGGCUGGACAUAUCAAUAACUGAGCUUUCGUUGGACGUACUUCUCUUCACUAUUGGGAAAUUAAAUUUGGCUGGUCCAUUUUCAGUGAAAAGCUCCAAGAUUCUGGCUAAUUGCUGCAAGGUGGAAAAUCAGUCAGGCCUUAACCUUCUUUGUUAUAUUGAUGAUAAGCAAAGCGUAACAAUAUCCAGAAACCAGUCCGCUUCAAUAUCUUUAAGGAACUCAGUUUCAGCAAAACGACCUGAAGACACCACAUCAGCUGUGAUGAUCAAACUUUCUGACCUUGGAUCUCUUUCUACUUCUGCAAUCCAACUUUCUCUUUUAGAAGCUCGGGCACUUGCAUGGAGAACACGCAUAAUGUCACUUCAGGGUUCAGGAACGUAUCCUGGGCCAUUUGUUGUGGUUGACAUUUUAAGGAAAUAUGAGGAUGUUUUGUCAAUUGUGGUUUCUCCUCUAAUAAGAAUACAUAAUGAAACCAAAUUUUCAAUGGAGCUGAGAUUUCGAAGACCUGAACAAAAUGGAGAUGCUGUUGCAUCUGUGUCCCUGAAAGCUGGGGAUACGAUUGAUGAUUCCAUGGCAACAUUUGGUGCAAUUGGUUUGUCAGGAGGAUUAAAGAAGGCGUUGUUGUCUUUAAGUGUUGGUAACUUCUUGUUUUCCUUUAGACCUGAAAUUAAGGAUGGCUUAUUCAAUUCAGUGGAAUGGUCUGAUGAACUUAAAGGUGGAAAGGCUGUUCGUAUAUCUGGAAUUCUUGAUAAACUAAGCUAUGAAGUUCGAAGGGCUUUAUCUGGUGAAUCUGUGAAACAUUCAUUGAGCACAGCGCAUUGUACCCUAAAAUCUAAAGCUGGAAAUGACACAAACAUGCAUUUUCUGAUUCAGAGCACUCAGAGAAAUGUGCCUAUGGUGCAACCUGAUAAGUCUGGCAAUAGGAUUGAAAGUUCACCGAUUGCAUUACAAGAGCAAAGGGAAAUUUUUCUUCUUCCAACAGUACGUGUGUCCAAUUUGUUGCGCUCAGAUAUAUAUGUGGUUCUUACUGAGACAGAUGUGUCGGCCACAAUUUCCAGUGAUGAUGCUAGGAAUCAGGCUGUCAUGGCAUAUGGAUCAACUGUUGAUUUUUAUGCUAAUCCUGCCAUGCUGUAUUUCACUGUUACUCUAACUGCUUUUAGUUCAAGCUGUAAACCAGUGAGCAGUGGUGAUUGGGUCAAGAAGUUGGGUAAACGCAAAAGUGAUGUCAGCUAUUUGGAUAUUGAUCUAGAUUUUGGUGGUGGAAAGUAUUUUGCUUCUUUAAGAUUGUCUCGUGGGGAAAGGGGCUUACUUGAGGCUGCUAUCUAUACACCAUACUCCUUAAAGAAUGAAACUGAUCUAUUCCUGUAUAUCUUUGCACCUAAUCAAAGGCCCCUAUCUAGGGAUGAGGCAGAGAAAAUUGGUUCUAGCAUUCCUCCUGAGCUGGGGUUAUAUUUACCCCCCGAGUCGGCUAGAACAUGGUUCUUAAAAUCCCACAAGGUACUGCUCAAACUCUUGGAUGACCGUGCAUUUGAAACAAGAUUAGACUUGGAUGCUCUGUCAGGUCUCACAGAGAUUAGCUUAGAAAUAGAUGAAGGAUCUGAAGGUAGAUACGUUACAAAACUUGGCAUGUCUCUGGAGCCAAUAUUAAGUAAAGUGAUGGUGCCUUCGCAAACAGUAACUAUGGUCCCAAGGCAUGUUGUACUCAACGAGUCAGUGGAAAGCAUCAUUGUUCGUCAAUGUUAUUUGCAGGAUGAAAUGUCAAGCAUGAUAUCCAUUGGCAGUAAACAGGGAAAAACACUGCGGCUUCAAGAUGGAAUUAACAAGAGGAGAGAAUUCAGUUUAUUUGAGAAUCUUAUUAGAAAGCAUAGAAAUGAUGGUGAUAGUUCCCUAAUAUACAUACAAUUUCGAUGGAAUGAGUCUGACUUUGGUUGGUCAGGGCCAGUUUGCAUUGCUUCGUUGGGCCAUUUUUUCUUGAAAUUCAGAAGACAACCAAAUGAAAUGAAAGCAUUAGAGAGUAGCAAAACAGAAUUUGCUGCCGUGCAUGUGGUAGAAGAAGGUUCCACACUUGUUGUGCACUUCCACAAACCGCCAAAUAUCAGUCUACCUUACAGAAUUGAGAAUCACCUGAAUGAUGUCUCUCUCACAUUUUAUCAAAAGGAUUCAGCAGAGCAGGAGGUGCUUAGGUCGGGAAAUACAGUAUUCUAUGCCUGGGAUGAUAUGAAUCUUCCACGUAAAUUGGUUGUCCUAAUUAAUGGUAUGAACUUCUUACGUGAAAUUAACUUGGAUAAGGUGCGGUCCUGGAAAUCCUUCCUGAAACGUAAUCAGAAGCUGGGGAUAGCAUCACAUUUACUUCUGGAAAAGAAAGUCAGAGACCACGGUACAAACCAAUUUGACAGCUCAAAUGUGGCAAGGGUAGGUUAUGAAGUAUAUGCAGAAGGUACCACACGAGUUUUACGAAUUUGUGAGUUUUCAGAUAUUCAAAAAGGAGAUAAAGGCUUUCAAUCUUUUGCAAAGUUUGAACUGAGGGUACCACAUCUUGGAUUCCACCUGCUUGAACAUGCAAAGCAGGAUGCCAAUGAGUCUGAAGAAUCAUACUAUGCACCAAUUGUUAGUGCUAGGCUCGGAGAUAUCACUCUGGAUUCCUUGUUCACUGAUCAUCAGAUAUAUAACAAGAUUGAUGUGGAGUCAAUAAAUAUAAAUCCAAAAUGGAAAGGAGCUCCCUUUGCAUCGAUGCUUCGAAGACGUCAAUUAGACAGCAACAAUUCUAAUGCUUGCAUGCUGAAAUUUGUCUUUAUUUUACUCUCAACCAACUCCAAUGUCAGACAAGUUAAAUUCUCAUCCAUUGCUCUGCAGCCAGUUGAUUUGAACCUUGAUGAGGAAACUCUAAUGAAGAUUGCUUCGUUUUGGAGAACAUCACUGGGGGACUCAAAUUCUCCAAGCCAACAAUACUACUUCGAUCAUUUUGAGGUCCUCCCAGUAAAGAUUAUUGCUAAAUUCCUUCCCGUGGACUCGUAUUUAAGUUAUAAUUCUGCUCAGGAGACUCUAAGGUCAUUACUACACAGUGUGGUGAAGGUCCCUCCUGUAAAGAAUAUGGUUGUAGAGCUCAAUGGAGUACUGGUUACUCAUGCUUUAAUAACAAUUCAUGAAUUAUGUAUCAGAUGCGCACGACAUUAUUCAUGGUAUGCAAUGAGGGCUAUCUAUAUAGCAAAGGGAAGUCCAUUGCUUCCACCAGCUUUUGCAUCCAUUUUUGAUGACCUGGCUUCAUCUUCUCUCGAUGUCUUUUUUGACCCUUCCCGCAGUUUGUUGAAUCUACCAGGAUUCACAUUAGGUACCUUCAAAUUCAUCAGUAGAGGCAUUCAUGGCAAGGGUUUAUCAGGGACAAAGCGUUACUUUGGUGACUUGGGAAAAACUCUGCAAGCAGCGGGAUCUAAUGUAUUGUUUGCCGCUGUCACUGAAGUAUCAGACACUGUUUUGAGGAGAGCAGAAACAAGUGGCUUUGAUGGAAUGUUGAGUGGUUUUCGUCAAGGAAUAUUGAAAUUGGCUAUGGAACCAUCACUUCUGGGGACUGCUCUGAUGGAAGGUGGCCCAGAUAGAAAGAUCAAGCUUGAUCGAAGUCCUGGAGUUGAUGAGUUGUACAUCGAAGGCUACCUGCAAGCUAUGUUGGAUGCAUUGUAUAGACAAGAAUAUCUGAGAGUCAGAGUCAUAGAUGAUCAGGUUUUCCUCAAGAAUCUACCCCCAAACAGUGCUCUAAUAGACGAGAUCAUGGAUCGUGUGAAGGGAUUCCUGGUAAGCAAGGCAUUGUUGAAAGGAGAUUCUUCAACUUCCCAUCCUUUACACCAUCUGCGAGGAGAAAAUGAAUGGAAACUUGUACCAACGGUGCUGACACUGUUUGAACACCUUUUUGUGAGUUUUACUAUCCGCAAGCUUAGACAACAAACUAGCAAACUAGUGGCUAGAAUCAAAUGGGACAAAAGAACUGAGGAUGACAAUUCUAAAGCCAUUGUCCCUGCUCAACCUCCUGGGGAGCACAAGGUGAACUUUAUUUGGAAAUGGGGUAUUGGAAAGUUUGUUCUAUCAGGUGUUCUUGCAUAUAUUGAUGGAAGGUUAUGCCGUCGUAUUCCUAAUACUGUGGCACGAAGAAUUGUAAGCGGCUUUGUGCUUAGUUUUCUGGACAAGAAUGACAAUGAAUAAAUUUUAGUGUAUGAUCAUUCUGUACCUUUUUAGUUAGUUUUUUUUUUUUUUUCCUGCACCUUUUUAGUUUGUUUACGUUGGAUAUACUACCCACCCACUCCCCAACCCCCAAAAAGAGCCCUAGAAAAAAAAAAGAAAAGAAAAUAAGAGAAGGGCUGAUAAAAGACCGAUAAUGGUGUAUUUGGUCAAAUAAAGAUCCGACCACAAAAGAAAAUCAAAACAAGCUUUUCUUUCAGUAGUA